AUUCAAUCCGCCACUGAAUAUCUCGGCACCUCCUCCUCCUCCUCCUCCUCCGCCACAAUUUUGCAGCAUUCAGCCCUCUGCAAUUUGGAAGUUGUCGUUUCGUUUGAUUUCUUCGGCUUCAAAUUAUCGACGAAGAAAUGCCAAUUUUCCCAAUCUCACUCGCAAUUUCAAACCCUCCACGACCACCGCCGUUAUUCUCUUUCUCUCAGUCCAUAACUGGUUCAAACCGCCUUUUGUACCUUCCCAAUGGGAUACAGACCGCUACGAAGAUCACGACGGUUAUUCGAAUGGGUGGAGGUCCAAGAACUUAUCCAGGCGGAGUGUCGAAGUGGCAGUGGAAGCGGAUGCAGGCUAAGAAAGCUAAGCAGUUGCUCAAGGCCCGGUUGUGUCGCGAACGCCAGAUAUAUGAGAUGCGUAAGCGGGCUGAACUUAAGGCGGCUGUGUCCGAGCUGGAGAGGCCGUGGGAGGUUGUGGAGAAGGCUCCCAAUUUGUUCUCUGUUGGCGCCGAUGAGCAGGUGAAGGUCUUGGCGGAUAGGUUUCAGAGGCCCGGUGGAUUCGAUUUGUGGACGGAAAGAGAUGGGCCUCAAUUGUUUGAGACGGUUGAUGAACUGCCUUCCGCUAGGUUUUUCCCGAAAGGUGUGGUUCACAGUGUAAAGCCGUACAGAAGUAUAACAGGGUCGGAGGGUUCUUCGAGUUUGGAUUCCGAAGAUGGAAAUGAAACUGCAACUAGUUUUCAAGAAGAUGAUUUAAAGACUCCCCGGAGGUCUUCUAACCGGAAAUUAAGAAUUGGGUCAGUGAGUGAAGAAGAAGCUAAUUCAAAUUACUCUGAUUAUUAUACGGGGAGUUCCUUGGUUCCAUCAAGUAGCAAUGGUCGAAAAGGAAAGACAUACGAGGGUAAAUUCAGGAAUCGGGAAAAGGGAAGAAACCUCCAUUCUUCUAAGAGAUCUUCGAGCUUGGGCUCAGAAGCUGGAAAUGGAAUUGAAACUAGUUUUCAAGUAGAUGAUUUUGAGACUCACUGGAGGUCUUCUAACCGGAAACCGAGAAGUGGGUCAGUGAGUGAAGGAGAAGCUAAUUCAGAUUACUCGGAUACAGAUGAUUAUUAUCAGAAGAGUUCUAUGGUAUCAUCAAGUAGUAACAAUGGUCGUAAAUUCAGGAGUCGGGAAAAUGGAAGAAACCUCGAGUCUUCUAAGAGGCAGUUGAAUUCAGGACAAAUUGGAUUUGAUAGAAGACAAAGGGUUCCUAGUCCUCAGAUGCAUAAUGGUAAUAGACAGUAUGGAAAAGGCAAGGAUUCAAGGCGAUCCGAGGGUUCAUAUUCGGAAGUUUAUGAUAUGAGUUUGGAGCAGGAUGGGAGUUACAGAUUCAAACCAAUGAAAACUCGGUCGAACUGAGUCCAGGAGUUCAUAUUCUGAAGUCAUUGUAGUACUGCAACCAUAUUGGUUGAAGAAGAAAACUUCAACUGGAUUGUGUUAUGGAAUUGCUGCAGUUGAGCUGGAAAGGCUGAUAAUGUAUCAUAGGAAGGAACACAGUAUUGCACAGUAACAUGAAUAUUAUUACAGAGAACUUCAGCCAUCCAUUCGAGCUGCACUUGUUUGAUGAUGGUACUUUGUGCUUAGCCAGUUAAAUUGGAGAUAGCAUUAUCAACAGGGAUGAAGAUAGCUUUGGCCAAAUAUAGGCGCUGUAAAACAAACCUCCAGGGAUGGAAUUGCUUUCCCUGGGCAUCAUUGCUAUAUUUACAUACUCAGAGAUCGUCCAGCGCCAUUUAAAGACGAUUCAAAUAAAUUGAUUGAUUGUUACUGAUAUGGCAUGGACGGACCAAUCUUGUUUAGACUACUUGGUAUCUCUUUCUCUGCUUUGCUAAGAUUUAUAAUUCUAAAUUUGGAAUGGACGAGAAGAAGGGCUUGGAGACGGAGUCGAAUUCCCCCCUCCACAAGGAUCGAACACACCAUAAUAAUAGAAAGAAAGACCGCCCUCCAAUCAUUUAUGAGGCUGCUAAACUACGAACAUCUCCCGUUGAAGAUGAUUCUGACUCAGCUACCAAUACAAUUGUUUUUCAAUAUUACAAAUCAAGUUGUUGUAAUAAUGGAAUGGCACAUCAAAGAACAGUUUCAAAUGUUGAAGAGAAUGAGAAACUGAUAAGACACUGAAGUGAAAUACGAAAUACAGCAAUCUAAUCUAAUUCU